AUGUCCUCGAGAAGACGAGAAGACCGUCUUCAAGACGAUCGCUUCAAACUUUGGGUUCCACAAGAGAAGCAAAAUGACCGCGACUAUGAACACCGCCGUCAUCGCUCAUCUACAGUUCCUACUACUCAAAACAAUGAAUCUAGGUCACAUGCUCCUCGUUCUUAUAGGCAGGAAACACAAUACACUUCCACUGCACCCUCAUAUCACUCUGCUCCUGGGCCAUCAACCAGCAGAACCGCUCCUCGGUCUUCUUCUGCCCAGUAUCCAUCCACGGGCUCUCAUUCAGCCACACCUUACCAGCCCUCUGCACCCAUUCAAACUUCACAGCCAAAGGGUUAUCCUGCACCAGCACCAUCUUCGCGACGGGCCCAACCAGCAGACGCCCAGGACUCCAGAUCUUACUCGCAUCGACGACCUGCGCCCACCCCAAAAUCAUCAUAUGAGCACGUCUCCGGUGCAGAAGACCUUGGAAAGUCCUCCAGGCAGCCAUAUCCUUCGCGUGCCGCCCAAGGUUCAACACAGACUACAGCGAAUGCCCCCGCACCUUUUGUAACAUCUGCACAAGAUAUCUACUCUAAACGAUCGAAAGAUCGUGACAAGGAACGUGAUAGAUAUCGAGAAGCGGAGAAGGAACGUGACAGGGAAAGGGCUAGUGCUGAACUCGAUAGGGAUAGGUAUCGUGAAAGACUCAGAUCUGAAACCCAUCGGGAGAAGGAUAGACCUAUUGAGACCGACAGGCAGAGGGAACCAUCCCGACACAGACGCGAGAAAAGGAUCGAAUCAGACUCUGAAGGCCUCGUGUAUUCAGACAAUGCCUCCAAGGCUUCCAUAUCUGCCAGGGAAGCAUAUCAGCCCUCUAUUCGGGAGUCUAUCGCCGGUCACAGGCGACAUCGUACAGAAGACGGAAUCUCAUCCUCAACGGCCCGCCGACCUCAUGCUGACACUUCCCAUAACCCAAGUUCUGCUGUGCAUGUGCAGUCUACAGGUCCUCAGGCGGAGGUUAUAACACAGAGUAAUACCCAAGGGGUAGGGAGUAAUCCACCUCCAGCACCCCGCGUAAUGCCUGUCUACCUUCCUCAGAAACCCUCAAAAUCGCACCAUGAGCGACAUACGUCCUCAGCUGCGCACGGAGCUCAAUCAGGCAGUGAUACUGAGCGUGCUUCUCUGAAGGUAGGACGCCCAAUCAACCCUUUUUCAUUCCGUUGA